CAAAAUUGAAGUAUAACGCAACCCAUUUUCCGUCAUCGUUAAAUUAAAAAACUCGCGGCUGCAACCGAAGCAUCCAUUAAUGGCGGACGCUGAUGAACCUUCGUCGAUCCCUAAUUCUAUUCCUUCAGAUCCUUCAGACGCGAAUCUCCAAAAGAAGCAUGCUUCAGUCAUCGAACGCCUAGCCAAUCGCAAUCAAACUCGCUUAGAGAAUUCCAUAACUCGCAGAUCGGAAUCCGAUUCCUCUACCUCUUCCACUUCUUCCUUUCUCGACCGCUUUUCCGACUCCAAGCGCGCCAUCGAGUCGGCACUCGCCCAAUGCCGCCUCACACCGCCGGACCCCGCUCAACUCAGAUCUCACCUCGAUGGGAUAUCCACCUCAAUCUCCGACCUCGAGAAGCUCGUUGCCGAAUCCUCUUACUCUUUGCCCUCAUACGAGGUACGAGCUUCACUCAAAUCCAUUUCGGAAUUGAAACAAGCCCUCGAUAAUUUAAAUUCUGAGUUGCUACCUAAAAAGAAAUUCUCAUUCAAAAACAAAGCCACGAAGAAAGACCAAAAAUCAGAGUCGAAAGAUCCAGGGCUUGAAAAUGCUGAUUCUAUGUUAAUGAACAAGCAACAGCAAGCGAGUUACAGCGCGCGGGAUUCUCCAGGAAUCAGAGACAAGGACGGAGAGAUUCUGGUAAAGAAUUUCAAGGGAUCAGAUGUUGGGGAAUUCACUAUCUCGGGUCUUAGUUCUUGUGAGGUCAAGUUGAUCGGUAGUGUUAGGGCAUUAUUUAUUCACAAACUAAGAAACUGCAAAGUUUACACAGGACCUGUAAUGGGUUCAAUUCUAAUUGAUGAUGUUGAGGAAUGUACCUUUGCAAUGGCCUCCCAUCAAAUCCGGAUUCACAACGCUAAGAAAAGCGAUUUCUAUCUCAGAGUCAGGAGUAGGCCGAUCAUUGAAGAUAGUAGCAGCGUGCGAUUCGCUCCCUAUCGUGUGAGCUACGAAGGAAUUGAAGAAGAUCUCACAGAUGCAACCCUUGGCGUGGAGACAGGGAAUUGGGAAAAUGUAGAUGAUUUUCGUUGGUUACGAGCCGUGCCGUCUCCGAACUGGUCGAUUUUGCCGGAGGAUGAGCGGAUUGACACCAUCAAAAUCUCUCCCACAGAAGGUUAAGCCUUUGAAAGUUAAGUUUUUCAUCUCUACUUUUGAUGAAUCCCAAGUUUUCUUUCAAGGUUUUGUUUGGUUAAUAGAGCAGUAGGAUGCAUCAUAGAGAAUUUCAAGUAGUUGAUUUUGCUGUGAUUGUGUGUAUACAAAACUGGGAAUCCUAGUAAAUUCUCUCCCUUUCAAUUGGUUGAUUUUUCAAAAAAUAUUUCCUGGGUUGGCUGUUUUUCUUGCUGCCUUCGAGUGAGUUGCUAUAGCCACUUGAUAACUUUGCCUGAAGGAAUAUGAUUGUCAUUUCUUUUCAUACCAUGAAGAUUUAGACUACUAUGAUUUUGAAUGAAACAUUGUCUCAAAAUUGAAUAUUAGUUCUGGAAACAUGAUUUGUAGGCUUUCUGCCCCUGUAUGUAUGCUUGUUGAAUCUUGUAGCAGUCUCAAAUUUUGAUGUACUAUGAUGACUUGAUGAGUAAAAAGUAUUGGAGAGUUCUUCAAUCAAAGGGGUGAUCAUAAGCACAACUGAUAUAUGUCUCAAGAGUUUUCAUCUAAUGAAUGCUAUGCUUAUGGAAGGUUUGGAAAUUGCAUGGAACAAAUGAACACCAAGUACCUUAUAUGUAAGUUACGAACAUGAAGUUCGAGAAGAAAGAUAUAAGCUAUAAAGAAGAAGAAACAUUCUUGAAAGUGUUGUCAUUUCGUUCUCCUCAAAGAUGUCAGAAGAUCAUACAUAGAUUAUGGAUAUAGGAAAUGAUACCAACCAACCAACUCAAAGUUUUCCAAAGAGAACCAAAACCGAUAUGCAGAAGGACAAUGCACGUUUUAGUGGCAAGAAAUAGUCUCCAUUCCUUUAGAUUUAUGAUCCCCAACAACUCAUGCCAAAGCUUUCGUGAUCGCAUUCCAAAUUUGAGCCAAAAGCUUUUGGUGCAUCCCUCAAAUAUUGUAUAAAGCAACAUAUUCAUUUGUCUGCUUGUUCGUUUGCUAACAAGUAUCCGUCGAUAUUACCUCCUGCCUAAAAAAAUUAAGAGGAAACGAAUGCCUCCGAGGAGAUCA